AUGGCGACUCUACAGAAGCUGAAAGGUGCUGAGAUGCUGCGUAGAGUGGAGACAUUACUGGACUCAAUACAGGAAGUCCUUCACCGUCCUCCCUCUGAGUGGAUGAAAGGUACAGAGGAUCUGUUCGCCCCGCCCUCCCAAGCAGUAUCACUGCAGUGGACAUAUCGUGACAGUCAGUUGGUCAACCUGCCUGUCAGUCUGCUGGUGGAGGGCGAUAUUAUUUCUCUGCGCCCGGGUAACAAGGCACCCACAGGGCUUCGGGGCGUUCAGGAUGAGGAGCACGUUGUCCUGUCCAGGGGAGAUGUUUUCAGUCACCUCUCCUCUCCUCCAUCCCCAUUUGACAGUGACAAACCACACCCACAUCGUCUGCUCCAACCACAGCUCUUCAGAGUGACCAGGAGCCCUGCAGUGGAAGUGGUGCAACGGUGUUUGGAGUUCUCUCAGAACAGACCGGUAUCUGUCUUGGAUAAUGAGCGUUUCACUGUACAGAGUUUGUUGGAGAGAGGUCCUGCCCCCCUGGUGUUGCCCCGCCCACUCCCUACUCUGGAAAUGCUGAGCUUGUCCGCAGGUAGGAGUCAUUUGGAUGACACACAGGUGCAGUUUGACGACAUGCGCUGGCGGCGUCACGCCUCAUCUCUCAGGCCGCUGGGAUUGGCCCUUCAGCUGGCCCUCCGUGACCCGGGGGUUGUGACCCGCAUUCUCAGCCUCUCUGAUCACCUGACUCACGCCGCCCUCUUACGCACGUGCCCGCCCUGCCAGCCAGUCAGUCCUCCCUGGGGCCUGUGCCAACUACCUAAACUUCUGGGAAGUCUGCAGCUGAUUUCCUAUGGCUCUGCUGAUGUCAUCCUGGGAGCAUGCACAGAAUUCUGGGAUGGCGAAGAGCUUCACACACUCACGGAUCCUGACAGGAAAAAGGUGUUAGAUUUUUACCAGCGCUCUUGCAUGGCUGGUCAGUGUGUGGCCAUCUCGUAUAAGCCGUGUCAACAGGCUUAUGAUCCAGAUCUUGACGGGACAUGUUACCAAGCACGUCCUGACAUGGUGAGACUCAUCUCAGGCCUGGACAGUGCAUGUAUUCGAUUUGUGUACUUCUCUAAAGAGGAAGAGGUUAGGAGCAAGGUGUUUGCUGAAAAGAUGGGUUUGGAGACAGGCUGGAACUGUCACGUCUCCCUCCAGUCUGACCGAUUCCCUCUCGAUCCUGAGAACAUGGAUGAACCAAGCAGAGACACAGAGGAGGUGUGUCUCCUGGGGGAGGGUGUGAGGGAAAGGGCGGCGUCCAGAGUGAUGGAGCAAGAGGGAGCCUCCUUAAUCGAGGACUUGAACAGGGCUAAACUUCCGAAAGGCAUAGAAAAUGUGCGUCCUCACCUGGAGAACAUUGACAAUGUACCUCUGUUGGUACCUCUCUUCACUGACUGUACCUCACAGACGGAGUGCGAGAUGGUGUGUAUCAUGCAGGAAUAUGGAGAGGUGGUAUGUUGUCUUGGUAGCAGUCAGAAUAUCAACAACAAUGCAAUCUUUCUGCAGAGUGACAUCAGUAUAGCUUUAGAGCCACUGGUUCCCACCUGCUCUUGGUCCAGUGCUGAUUCAGCCCAGAGAUUGUCACACUCUAUCACUGAACCGAUGCCCCUGAUUCAGCUCUCUAGCGCCAUCUGUGGCAUGGCAUGUACAAUACAGCUCAAACAGCAGGACAACAACAUUAUCAUUAAACUCAUUAAACAGGCACGUCACGUAACGGCUGGUAUAAGAAAAUGUUUCUUGUUUUUGCUGCAGUGCCAGCUGUCCCUUGUUCUCAUUCAGAUAUUAGCAUGCCUGUGUCAGCUCCCUCCUCCUCUGGGCACCAGUGAUGUUCUCUUUCUCUCUUGCUUCUACUUUCCCCUCCUCAGCAUGUCUCUCCUGGGAAAACCAUCUGACUGUUCCAUCAUGAAAGUUCCAACAGGAAAAAACUUAAGGUUCCUGCCGAAAAAGACACUGCGUUUUUUCGUGCUGUGUUUCCUGUUGAAGUUUGGUUUGACUGUGUGUACCUACCUGACAUGCUUUGGGUUUAUACUGCAUGGCUUCUGUCUUCAAAUUAAUCACAAGGACAAAGAACUCUGUCACCCUGCUGCACUUCUCAUGCCGAUUCUUAAUAUCUCUAUUGUGUUGGGGUCACGCCUCCUGUGGCAUGACCCUGCUCGCCAUCACACUUUUUACAUUAGUGAUAUCUCCGUGGCAACGUGGUUGCUAGGCAUUCUGUGGCUUCUGCCCUUAGUCUUCAUUAACGAGGGAAUCAAACUUCAUGAAAUCAGCUGGUUGUUCCCCUCCCCCAGUCUGAAGUACCUGCCCAUCGCCUAUCUGAGUGGUGCAUAG